AGGUCAUACAAUUGUGCUGGUAUUCUGAGAAAUCUGUGGGAAUUGAGCUAGUAUUAUGGCUACAGGAUUUCAAGAGUCAUCAUCAACUGUACAUGAUUUAAUCCAGAAUAAUAAUUUAAUCAGUGAAGGUCCACCUGCACGAUAUCGUCUCCUCACAACCAGAAGUAAUCUUGAUGAAGGUGGCUCAGUAAGAAAAUGGACAUUUGGACAGAGAGGUAUCAAUAUGCAAAACAAAAUCCUACUGAUGGUAGGAGAAACUGGAACAGGCAAAACUACUCUGAUCAAUGUCAUGGUAAAUUAUAUACUCGGGGUGAAGUUUACAGAUGAAGUAUGGUUUGAGAUUACAGAAGAGGGUGGAGGUAAUCAAAUGUCAAAUCAGACAAAAAGUCAAACAACUGAAAUCACUGUGUAUGAGGUCUUUGACCAAAACAACCCAAUCUGUCUUACUAUCAUUGACACUCCAGGUUAUGGAGACACUGUAGGAACACAAUAUGACAAAAAGAUCGCUGAGAAUCUGUACAAACUUUUUCGCAGUGAUAGAGGAGUGAAAGAAAUUGAUGCAGUGUGUCUGGUAGUGAAGGCAUCUGAGAAUCGGCUCACUGACAGACAGCAAUACAUCUUUGAUGCAGUUUUGUCCUUAUUUGGUAAAGAUAUAGAGAACAAUAUUGUCAUAUUUAUCACUCACUCAGAUGGAAUGCCUCCAGACAAUGCUCUUGAAGCCAUCAAGUCAGUAGGGAUUCCCUGCAGGAAAGAUGAAGAUAAUGAACCUGAACAUUUCUUAGUUAACAAUCGUCAAACUAAGAACAGGAGCAAAAAGUAUAACAAAGCUCUCCGGGAAGCUUGGGAUCUAACAGAGGACAGUUUAAAUUCUUUCUUCAUUUCACUGAAAGAACAGAACAGAAAAAGCUUUGAGCAGACUGAAAGUGUUCUGACUGAGUCCAAACGACUUGAAGCCUGUAUUUCUAAUCUACAAAGCCGUAUUGAGUUUGUAGAGUACAAAGGUAAAGAACUGGCUCAGAUUCAGAAAGCCCUUGAGGAAAACCGAGAAAAAAUUAAGAAAAAUGAAAACUUUACUUUUACUGUCACCAAGUAUUACAAGGAAAAGGUUCUCAUUGAAAAUGUUUCAUGGUGGGACAGAAAUGUUACCAGCUGCUCUGUCUGUGAGGAGAACUGUCAUGAGAAAGGCUGCUGGAUUGCCUGGGAUGCCAGUUGGUGUUAUGUCAUGAAAGAUAAACACUGCAUUGUAUGUACAGGUAAAUGUCUCGACACUAAACAUGACAGAGGGAAUAAGAAAUAUGUUGUAAAGAGCACUGAGACCAAAGUGAGGUUUGAUGAUCUUAAAACAGAAUAUGAAGGUUAUAAUAUAUCAGAAUCAAAUAUCAAGUUUGACACAGAGUCUUUUGAAAAUGUAAAAAAAGAACAAGAAAGCAACAAGAAACAGGAAGAGGAGAAGACCAGCAUAGAGAUGAGCCUGAAAAAAGCAAUUACCAAGACUGAAAAAGAAAAAGCUGAGCUGGUGGAAGAAGCCUACAUCACCAUCAUAAAACUUUUUGAGAUUGCUUUAAAGCCAGACUCUGCUUUCAUUGUUCAGUCUCUUGACUUCUUGAUCCCUCGAGCUGAGGAAACUGGAAAAGAAGUUGUUGCUCAGAAACUAAGAGAGCUGAGGAAAAUUCAGCCUGAAUCACAGGAACGGGUUAAUACUGUAAUGGGGUAUUUUAACAAACUCAAGAAUGUUGUUACUGGUAAAUAAAUGAA